AUGGCAAGCACGGCGCAUGUGCGGCGUGGGAAUCCGGCCGACUACCCCUUCGAGGCAUGGAGCCUGGUCGAACUCAAGCGGCAAUGCCGUACACUCGGCCUUGUCACGUCGCGCUCGAAAGGCGUCUUGAUCGAGAUGCUGCGUGUGUUUUAUCAAGAGCAUAGCGAGGUGGACAUGCCGCGCGCGCCGCCGUCUGCGUCGUCGUCAGCCGCUCCAGCCGAAGGGCCGUCGUCGCCCAACGUCAUUACCAUCUCGGAUACAGACUCGUCAGGCAUCGAGGUGGUCGAGGCGCCCAAGGCGCAAAGGAGACGCCGCAAAGCAAAAGAAUCACCAGUGUCGUCCGAUGCAUGGAGCACCAGUGAAGAGACGCAGCUUGAGCAAGGUCUCGAAGCCCUAUCGCUUGGCGCGCGCAAGCCGCGGCGGCGUAAGUCGGCGUCAAGUUCGGAGAGCGAAGUGGACCCCGAGACAGCGGCGCGUAUGGCCGCCGACCUCUAUGGAAGCGAGCCGAAUGCCAUGGACGAGGUCAUGUGCAGCGCAAUAUACCAAGAUGAGCAGCUGUACCAGCGCAUCCUGCUCCUUGAGCCCGUACCGCUCGACGAGAUGAUGGGCGUCGGGAUCCGUGCGCAGGUCCUCUCGGGUGCUGGCACAAAAGAGCGGGCUAGGAUGCGGACGUGGCUGGAUACGCAAGGUAUAUGCUUCUACGAAGGCGAUCUCGGCACGCGCUAA